GUAUGGAAUAUUGCUUAUUGAAUUUCCUCAAGUCAAGUCAUGUCAACCUCACUCAAACCAUUAUAAAACUGAAUACUCAUAAUAAAGAAUAGCACUCACAGCCUUAUCAAUUACCAUCUAUCCAAUCCUAGCUUGCUAUAUCCGAAAUCUCUCCUUUUUCUCAUUUUCAGACAUACGCUAUGGCUGAAGCUCUGGUCUCCUUAGUCCUGAAGCAGUUGGCUUCCUUCACAUAUCAACAGAUAGAACACGAAUGGAGUCUGGUUAGCAGUGUUGAGGAGAAAGUUGAUAGCCUCUGCGGCAAUCUUGAAGACAUUCAAAUGGUGCUUGUUGACGCAGACAGAAGACAAAUCUGUGAAGCAACUGUGAAACGUUGGUUGAAUAAGCUGAAAGCAGUGUCUUACGAGAUCGACACAGCGGUGGAUGAGUGGAAUGCCGCCAUUACUCUCCGCUCUGAUCUUAAGCUUUUCGACAAGGUAUGCGUCUUCACACUUCCUUGUCUGCAUCGUAAUCAUGUUCAUCGACCGGGAUUGCGUCGUAGAGUAGUUUCCAAGACAGACAAAUUGAAUGAAAAGCUUAACAAAAUUUUCAAUGAGAAAGAAAGAUACACUUUUAAAACAACUCCACAUCCCAUUGAAUGUGAAUGUCGACAAAAGAGUACAUCAUUUGUUGAUGUGUCUAAAGUGUGCGGUCGAGACGUGGAAAAGAAAAUUUUAAUAGACAAGUUGCUCGUGAGUCGUUAUGAUGAGAGCAACCAAAUUACUAGGAGGGAACACGAUAUCAUUCCUCUUGUAGGAAUGGGUGGAAUCGGUAAAACCGCCCUAGCCCAAUUGGUGUAUAACGAUGAAAAAGUUAAUAAGCAUUUUAACUUGAAAAUUUGGGUGUGUGUAUCCGACACUUUUGAUGAGAUAACAAUUGCUAGCCAAAUUUGUGUGGCUCUUAAAGUUAAAGAUGUCCACAAAUUGGUAGAAUUGGAUUCAUUACUAAAUCAAAUUAAGGAAAAAAUAGAAGGAAAGAAAUUUCUUCUUGUUUUAGAUGAUGUAUGGACCGAAGAUGAUAGGAAAUGGGAACCAUUAGAAGAGUCUCUUAAGAAUGGAGAUAAAGGAAGUAAAGUAUUAGUGACAACUCGCAAGGAGCAAGUCGCUAUUAUGAUGAAGGUGAAAAAAGAUAAUAUCAUCUCCAUUAAACAAUUGGAAGAGGAUGUGUGCCUCAAUAUAUUCAAUCAACUAGCAUUCCUAAAUGUCGAGAGUCAAAAGCAACUAAUAGGGAUAGGUCAGAAAAUUGCCCAAAAGUGCAAGGGUUUACCUUUGGUUGCUAAAUCAUUAGGAAGCCUAGUGCGUUUUAAAAAGCCCACCGCAAAACACUGGAAUGAAGUUUUGGACAGUAAAUUAUGGGAAUUAGGAGAUCAAGUUGAAAAUGAAGUUUUUGUUCCAUUCUUGUUGAGUUAUUAUGAUUUGCCCCCUCUUGAAAAGCGUUGUUUGUUAUAUUGCUCAAUUUUCCCAAAAGAUUAUGAAAUUGAUAGAGUUGAAUUGAUACAAUUGUGGAUGUCUCAAGGCUAUUUGAGUAGUUCAGAAGAGGAUGAGAGAAAAGGCAUAGAUUGCUUUGAGAAUUUAGCUACACGCACUUUUUUUCAAGAUUUUAAAACAGAUGAAGAGGAAAACAUUAUAAGAUGCAAAAUGCAUGAUAUAGUGCAUGAUUUUGUGUUGUUCCUCACAAAGAAUGAUUGUUUUAACUCAGUCAUGAGUAGAAAGAAUGAUGAAAUGAAUCUACUACGUGCAAAGGUUUUUCAUUGUACGUUAUUACUUGAGUCUGAGGAACAUGUAGUGCCUUCGUCACUUUACAGCAAAAGAAACUUGCGCACGCUGUCAAUAGUUGGGAAGUUAAGGUCUAUUAAAUGGGCUUUGUUGUUGAAGUUAAGGUGUCUUAGGACUUUGAAUUUGAGUGGUUGCUUAAGUGAAAGGUCAAGAAUACCUAAAGAUAUUGAUAAAUUAAUCCUUUUGAGGUAUCUCAAUCUAUCAAAUAAUAGAUGGCUACAGCUUCCAAAAACACUGGGAAAUCUUUUCAAUUUGCAAACUUUAAAAUUGGAGGAAAAUAAUGGUUGGCUUCCAAAAGAGAUUGGAAAACUUGUUAACUUACGCCAUUUGUAUUUGGGUUAUUGUCAUUGUAAAUUUCCAAAAGAAUUGGGAAAAUUAACUGGCCUCCAGACUCUAGAAUCCCAACAUUUUAAUAAUUUAGUUGUUAACAAAAUGGGGAAAGUGUUUCAAAGUUAGAUGACGUCAUUAAAUAAUUUGAAAAUCCUUAAGCUACGAUUUUGCACAGAUCAAAGGUCUUUAGGGCCUUUUGGAAAACUCCCCUCCCUCGAAUCGCUUACUUUAAAUUUUGUGAAGUUGGUGCAAACUGUGGGCAAUGAAUUCUUGGGAAUAGAAGACACAACAACGGAGACGCCAGCUGCAUUCCCCAAAUUGAAACGAUUGCACUUCCAAGAAUUUAGAGAAUGGAUAGAGUGGAAAUCAGAUGUAAGUUCAGAUGAUCAAAUAAUGCCAUGCCUCCAAUCCUUGAAAAUUGAAGUCUGUCCCAAGCUAAAACCACCGCUUCCGAGGUUCUUACAAAGGACACCACCGCUUAAGACCUUAACCAUAAAAAAAUGUCCCGGGUUGCAACCACGUCUGGAUGAAGGAUUGGGGACAGAGGAGAAUGUCAACAUCCUUACAUCGGUUAGAAUAACUGAAUCUGAAGAGUCAAGUUCAAUCGAAUGAGUUCAACAAUAUUUCCUUAGCUUGGUGAACUACCUGAGGAUGCCUUUGAUGAUGUCGAUGGAGUACAAUCAUGUUGAUUUGACUAAACAUAAUUCACGGAGGUGAUGGUUUCUCAUAUUCUUCUCCGACAGAGCAAUGGGUGGCAUCUAUGUCUUCGAAUAUUAUUCAGAUCCUAUAAAUAUCUACUAUCGUGUUAUUAAUUUUUUCUGUGUGCUUUGUUUGGAUUGUAAAAAAUUCCCUGAACAAAUAUGUAUUAUUCUUCUUCAUUAAUAAAUCUUCAGGUCUUAUAGAUAGUGGACAAAUGAUGAGAGUGUUAGUUGGGUGCCAACUUAGUUGGGAUGCUUCUAAUUCUUACUGAUGUCCAUUUCGUAAGUCCAGGUAUUUUUUUAUCAAAA